AAGGACGACGGAAUUUUAUAGAGAGCCCAAGACUUCAGCACACACCUGUAUUCUGAAGACACCCAUGACUGGGGAGCUUUGAAUAGACAUAGCAUUUGGAGGAAAGUGAAGAAGUCACCAGUCACAAAACUUUUUCGAUUUUAUCCUGACACUUAUCCUCUCUACAUUAUAUCCCAACAUAUGGUUCUAGAUCUACAACCAUAACUGUUGGUUAAGGGGAUUCGAAUUUUGUCGGUUUGUCACCUGCUCCCAGAGAGGUAACACUGACAACAGCGCACAAGUGAGAAAGACCGGAUUUACUUGUGACAGCUCUUGCAAAACAAGAUGGCAUCCCGGCAACCGUCCACAACUCUGUUGGUUUUCUUAAAGCUGUUGUGUCUCUUCUUCACCUCGUACGAACACGUGGAGGCAGCGCAGACCUUAAAAUGCUCACAGCUUCUCGAGUCUUUCACCCAGUGCAACUGUUCCAGCCAGUUUAUAAACGGAGUAGAGACCUUGGAUCCGGUGCUGGACUGUUCCAAUCGCAACCUGCUGUCCGUUCCCGACCCACAGAGCUUCGACUUUACAAUAGCAGAGUAUCGCCUCAACGACAACCGUAUAACUUCCUUGCAGGCUAGUGCUUUCGCAGGACUACGGAUUCGGAGUCUGGAUCUUAGCGGAAACAACAUCGGCGACGUAUCGCCCGAUGCCUUCUUGGAGCUUCAAAACUACACUCAAACUCUAAUCCUGCAAGGAGACGGACGGGUCAGCCCACCCAAAUCUGCCUUUCUCAAACUACCCUACUUGGAGUCCCUGACUCUUAAGAAAUACUCCGUGAAUAUGCUGGGUGAUAACCAGGAGCACAGCUUCUUCCUGGCGUUUUCUCUGCUGUCCACACUGACUCUGGAUAACUGCGGGAUCACCUCCAUAGAACCCGAAGCUUUCAACGGGCCAACGAAGCUGGAAACCUUGAAUAUUCUGAACCAACCUCUCGUUGAGAUGCCAAUAGACGCUCUACGGUCAACACACAUAAAACAUCUAAAGAAGUUGUUCAUAACGGGCACGAGGAUCAGCGCUGUGACCUAUGAAGUUUUUGAGAAGAUGAACAAAAUUGAAGAGAUUGACCUUUCUGGGAAUGAGAUAGGCGACAUAGAGGAAUACAGUUUUCGUGGCGUGGGCGACACUCUAAAAAAACUGACUGUGUCCAACAACGUCAUCACAAGCAGCAGAGUGCAGGGACUACGGGACAUCGCAUCGCUAACACACUUGGACAUGUCCAGAAAUCCAGACCUGACCUCCUUACCCAACCUCUCCCAGCUGGGCUCCACGGACGGCCUGGAUCUAUAUUUGGACAACUGUGACAUUUUCGAAGUCCGAGAGACAGAACUUGCUGGAGUUGCGUCGACCCUACGCUCGCUGGACUUGACUGGCAAUAGGAUAAGCGUCAUUCACGCCAACGCUUUCACUGGGGUGACCCAGUUGCAGGUCUUGAGAUUGGAUAACCAGCGAGGUGUGUCCCGGUUCGUCGUUCCCACGUCUCUCGCCCAGGCGAAAAGUUCUCUCCAAGAACUGUAUAUAUCUGGACAAGUACUCGACGCCACGAGCCUGUGGCAGGUCGUAUCGCAGCUAACCAAUCUCCGAGUUCUGAAUCUAGCCACAGCAGGACUCGCCCAAAUACCAGACCGGGUGCUGGAGCAGCUGUCUCUCCUCCAGGAACUGCAUCUGGACGAUAACAGACUGACGGCUCUGACACAAGAGAGCCUGCUAGGGCCGAUGCGAUCUCUGCGCUCGCUAUACCUGUCCGGAAACUUGUUGACCACGCUUCCCCACUGCCUCCUGCAUCAGUACGAGCUCCCGUCCCCACCGCUGGAAAUGAGCCUCAACGGCAACCCACUCAUCUGCGACUGCCGCCUCCGCUGGAUACUCGCGGCUGUUCGGGACAAUAAAGUGACCUUCAACUCUGGAGCAGAGCCGACGUGCUCUCCGGACAACUCCCAGUUGUUGGACAAAUCCGAAGCCGCACUCACGUGUAACAACAGCUUCAUGGAGAGCCCAUGCGAGGACUACUACGUCAGCAGCACUAUCAGCCCGGGAGACACGACACCGGAGUCAGACCCCCUGAGGGUGGAUGCCACCCGGAUCGAGGAGCAGUCCAUCAGCAUCUCCUGGAGUAUUUCUAUAACGACUGGCCUGAGCCACUUCAAGGUGGAGGUCAGAGACGAGGGGGACAAUGUCGUGUUUCGGAGAGACAACCUGGCAACCACUACUACCUCAGCUGUGGCUACGGGACUCAUUCCAGGCGGCUACUAUAGCUACUGUGUGUUCGCGGUGUACAGCGCGAGCGUCAGCCCGGACUGUGGCACAGCCCGCACUCUGGGCGGCGGCCAGGACCCCGACAAGCAAACGGACGGCAUAUCCGAGGAAGAAAUUGGCAUCAUCGUGGGCGCCGUGGUGGGCGCCGUGCUGCUGCUGGUGCUCCUGGGCGCCAUCCUGUACCUGGCCGUGAUUCGACGUCGACGAGACAAGAAGCUGCAGGGCGGCCCGGCCUCCUCGGCGGCCCCGGCACACGUGCAGCCCCGCGCCUUCGCCAAGUCCGAGCUCCCCGGCAUGGCGACCACGGAGACCCGUACCUUCACACGGCCCAAGAAACCUCCCGGUCAGGCUGAGGGUCGGGCUCAAGGAGGGGGUCGGCGCGGAGAUGAGGAGCAGGGUGGUAGCAUGCAGGUGUUGGCCAUCAGCGACGGCAUGACGGGGAGCGGGAACGUCGGGCGCGCGCACCGCCUCCUCUCCAACGACGGCUACAAGGACAUGAGCGGCAGCAGCAACAUGCUGGAGGUGUUGGGGGUCGCCAAAGAGGACGGGAAGGAUUCGGACCAGUCCUUCCAAUCGAUAUACGAGAACGACCACGGCCCCCUGCCUCCCACGCCUAGCUCUGCGGGCAACUCCCGCCCGCCCUCCUACGGUGCUUACUACAACGAGGGUUACCAAGGGGACAAGUAUGACCAGAUACACGAGAGAGAAGUCAACUUGUGAGGACGGAGUGACAGACGGCACACGAUACUUUGGUGAAGUACUUAUUUCCACCAGGUGUUAAAAUACCGUUGGCGGAAGUUGUGUUGGCGGAAGUUGUGUGGGUGGAAAAGGGACAACUGGAGGCAAAAUAUUAUGAUGACAGAACUGAGUAAAAAAUAGUUUUGGUGAGAAAAUGACAGUUGUCAGAAAUACACUGUUGACAAAUGACAGCUGGCCGCUGUUCUGUGUCAGUGGUGACUGUAAAACACUUUCAGUCGACUAAAGAAUGGUUUUCAUAGAAUGUUGUGCGAGAUAGAAAUUGAAUGUGGUCACAAAGUUGAUUCUAUGAGAUGAACAUUUCUUUCUGAGGAAUUCAAUGCCUGAAAAAAAAAACGCGAAAUGGAAUCAAAUUGUAUCAGAAAGAGAACCUUAAAAAAACUGAGCUUCAGGAGGAUAUGUGUGGCCUGUAGAAGAGGCAAGCAGUGGGUGGAGUUAAAUACGACAAUCUGUUAGUUGCAAAGUGUCUAGACGUGGCUGACGAGAAAGGAAGGUGAACAUAAAGAAAGUGACUCGCUGUGCAAGGGAAACAUUUGUGUUAUCAAAGAACAAGUCUUUCUUCCAACAGAUACAUGCAUCCACUUUUAUUAGAAUGACUCCUAAUGCUAUGGGCUGUGUCAUUGGUUGUGACAUGACACAUGACAUCACUCUCAAAGAUCCUAUGAAGAGAAGAGCUCUCCUUCAGAAAACAAAACAAAACGCAGAAAGAAAGGAUUCGAUCUAUGAUAGAGCAAACCCAUACUUUAGAUCACACAAAAAAAAUACAACACUGUUUUAAUCACCAGACAUAUGAAUAUCCAGAAAGCAGGAAAAA